UGACCGACCGAUUAUCCUUGUGGAAGGGGGAAGGCUUUUACUAUCUUCUUUUUUGGCAAUGCUAAGCAGAGGUAAUGUUACAGGAGCCAAAAGACCCGAUUGUCGAAGGCGGAGGAACAGAGCAACGCGGGCGGAUCUAACAAGAACUGCACAAUGUCACCGAGAAACGCCAGACCCAAGCGCAAUCCGCGGCGGGCCGCGAACAAACAAUGGAGCGAGGAACAUUUGAUGACCAGUUCGAAGUCGCAGCUGGUUAAACUGGACUUGGUUAAACUACUUUCGCAUCCCGAAGCCUGGACAUGCCUCGAGGAGAGCGAGAAGGAGGAGAUCCUGAAACUACUUCCUGAUGAUGCGCAUCCGACCCCUUACCCUUCACCCGACGACCCUGAGGCGAAAAUCCCUCCGCCCCCAGAUUCAUUUCUACGCUACUCGAACAACUGGCGCGACGGAAUCCGUCAGUUCCAGGUCGACCUCCAACAAGGCCGCUAUGAGCCGGAAUGGCAGCGCCAGGCGGAGCUGGCCUCCAAGGAGCGGGCGGCCGGGAAGUUUGACCGGUUCAAGGAGGAAGAAUUCGAGGAGUUCUGGGGUCAGAAGCAGAAGAUGGACCGAAGCUCGAUGGCCGGGCAGAGCUCUCAGGUCAAACUGAAGACAUUGACUGAUAACGGAGUGAUCCGCCAAGGCGAUAUCCUGAAAUACUCCCGAGCCUUUUCGACAGGUAGCCAGAAAGUUCUUGUUGAGAAGGAAGCUAGAAUCGUCAAUAUUGAAGGCCCAAACUUGACAUUCGCCGUCCCACCGGGACAGCGUACCUUCCUGACCUCUGCGCCAGCUUCUGCAAUAAGUUCGACAAGCCCAGCGGGUGGUGCCAGCUCGGCAGCAGAUGCAGAAGCUACUGAUGCGAAUAGCCAACACGAGCAUGAUGGGGUUGACCCAGGCACGGGAUCGAAAGCUGAAGGGACAGGAGUUGGCUCCCGUCUCAAACGCAAACCAAACGCCGAGCUUUCCGACAGCAAGAGACAGUGCUCAGAGUCCCAGCCCAAUGGUGCAACAGGUCAUCUAGAUCUGACCAUUACGGAAAAUGAGACAUCCGCGACACAAUCGCCUCCGGGUAUUAAGAGCAAGUGCUCGGAGUCUCAGACCAGCACCGCAAUAGGCCAUCCUCAUUCGGAGACCGAAGAGAACCAAACAUCAACCGAAAAACCGCUACCUGAGGCGAACUCGAACCAGAGCUAUUCCACCACAGCAUCAUCUGCAGAUGAUGUCAAGGAAAUCGUUUUACCUAAUAUUCAGGGGCUCAAUGCGUUAGCCUCCAAAAUUAUAGAAAUCGACGGACGGGUCAAGAAGGUGCCGAAUGGUAAUUCUUGGAAGGAGUUUCGAGCUUACAGACACAACCAGGACAUGGGAAGCUUGUGGGAGAUCAGGCAAUCCUGGUUUAUGCGUGAGAACAAGUCAGGGAGAAAUACCUGAGUGGCAUAGGUGCCGUGUUAAAGGUGAUUACAAGGCGCAUGUAAUCGGUUCUUGGAUUAGCCUAGGGUAGAUAUCUCAUUUAGAUCGAAUAUGCCCAGUCGGUAGC